AUGUCUCACUCUCCCAAGGAUGAUUUCUCGCAUCACCUUUAUGAGUUCAUCGAAGAAGUGGAAAAGUUAGAAAGCUAUUGCGUGGGAGGCUAUCACCCUAUAACAAUCGGUGAUUCUAUUCAUGAUCGCUAUCAAGUGGUUCAAAAGCUCGGCCACGGCACGUACUCAACCGUCUGGCUAGCCCAGGAUCAAAAAUUUGGCAAAUACGUCGCUAUCAAAGUGUGUACCGCGAAUUCGAACCCACAUGAAUUCAGCGUCCUUUCGGAACUUUCCACGCAACAAAGCUCAAGCAUUAGCUUAGGAAAGGCAAUGAUACCUUCGGUAUUAGAUAGAUUCGAGAUUCGAGGACCGAAUGGUACGCACCCUUGUUACGUGACAAUCCCGGCGAGAAUGAGUCUUUCCGAUGCAAAAGAUGGAUCAUAUAACCGCCUCUUCCAGUUAGAGGUUGCUCGGGCCUUGGGUGCACAGCUAGUCCUUGCAGUUGAGUACGUCCACUCUCAAGGGUUCGUUCACGGGGAUCUUCAUUAUGGAAAUGUUCUCGUCCAGCCACCUUUCGACCUAAACCAACUCCCUGUGGAGGAAUUAUACAAAAAGUACGGAGAGCCGGAUUUUGAAGCAAUACGACGGUUCGAUGGGCAACCGCUCCCACCAAAUAUCCCAUCACGGGCCGUGUUACCAGUCUGGCUCGGUGAAGCAAGUGACAAUCUUAAACUCUCAGGAGCCAAGAUCUUGCUCAGUGAUUUCGGAGAGGCGUUCUCCCCUUCCAAGCAACAGAGAUUUGAGUCCCACACUCCGCUUGUGGGCCGACCAUCUGAGGCUCGGUUUGAACCACAUAAGCCUCUGUCCUUCCCAUCAGACAUCUGGUCACUCGGAUGCUCUUUAUGGGACAUCAUAGGUCAGAGCUCACUUUUUGACGGCAUGUUUGCCACCGAAGAUAGCAUUACUUGCGAACAUGUCGAUACACUUGGUAUGCUGCCCCCGGAAUGGUGGGAUAAAUGGGAGGGGCGACAUGAUAGUUUCACGGAAGAUGGCAAACCGAUCAAUCGGAACCCUUACCGGUCGUGGGAGGACCGGUUCGAACAAGAUAUACAGGAGCCUCGACAGAGGAACGGCAUGCCGCGCAUUGAAAUGGCCGAGAGAGAUGCUAUCUUUAAGAUGCUGAAGUCGAUGCUUGAAUUCAGGCCUGAGAAUCGCUCUACUGCGAAGCAGGUUCUCGAAUGUGAAUGGAUGGUCAAAUGGGCUUUGCCUGAGUACGAGAAGAUUCGAAGCAUAUGA